AUGUCUCUGACAAUGCAGCUCUUGUUCUUUGUCCUGCUUCCCGUGGCCUUUCGCCUUCCCCCUGGGUCUCAGGCUGGUGAGAUCAUCGGGGGUCGGGAAGCCAAGCCCCAUUCCAGGCCCUACAUGGCCUAUUUGGAUAUACGACGUGGAGACAAGAGGUCUUACUGUGGAGGGUUCCUGGUGUCGGAGAACUUUGUGCUGACGGCCGCUCACUGCAAUGGAGACAACAUCACUGUAUACCUGGGAGCCCAUAACAUUCAACAACAGGAACAGAGUCAACAGAAAAUCUCCGUGCGCUGCCAAAUCCCCCAUCCGCAAUACGAGAGAGAGACUCUUAACAAUGACAUCAUGCUGCUGCAGCUGGCAGAGAGAGCGAAGCUGAAGAGAGAGGUGGGUACCAUCGCCCUGCCCCGCGCCAACAAGAUUGUAAAGCCAGGGACUUGGUGCAGCGUCGCUGGCUGGGGCAGAACUAGCACAGAGAGUGAAUUGACCUCAGCCACGCUCCGGGAGGUGUAUGUGAUGGUGAUGCCGGAUGCCAAGUGUCCGAAGGAUCCUUAUGGGCCAUAUAAUAACUAUAACCCCUCCACCAUGAUGUGUGUGGGGGACCCAGCACAGUGCAAAGACUCUUCAAAGGGCGACUCUGGAGGCCCCCUGGUGUGUGGGGAAACAGCCCAGGGCAUCGUCUCCUGGGGGCCUUGCAGAACACCUGGAGUGUACACAAGAGUCUCCACCUUCAUCCCCUGGAUACGGGCGACGAUGAGGAAGUUGCAGCCCUGA